AUGGAAGGUGCUGCUGUGCGAGCAGCGUACACUGAGAUCCUCUCUCAGGCACACCGUGAGAAGGUCGGCGCCUUGAUCGCCUCGGAACCCAGGAAGUCAGAUGACAUGGGAACCAUCGCGACCGUACGCAGGGUCUUCAAGUACCUGCGUGAAGGCCGGGACGUGAUGUCUACGGCUACCUUCACAGAGGCCUUCAGCGGUGUCCUCUCGUCCGGAGUGGGGCUCAUCGGCCUUGGCCUGUCCUACCACCUUCAGAGUGGUGUACCAGAUGUGGUGGCAUCUAUUUGCAUGGCAUCCAUCGUCAGCGGUGUCAGCGUCUUCCUCUUGCAGAAAAGUGGAAAUGCCUUGCUGGGCGAGACGCUGCCUCGCUGGAGGGUGAAGGCCCUCAUUGACAAGCUGGAAGCUCAUGUCGCCGUAGUCAACGUCUACGACGUGAAGACAGAGCUCGUGGGUGUGGAUACUGUGCGGUUCAAAGCUGAGGUGCAGUUCAACCCACAGGCGAUCACUGAGCGCAUACUGCAGCUCAACACUGCCGAGGAGGAGCCGGAUCCAUCAGGCAUGGACGCUCACGUGGCGCAUGCCGUGCUGGCAUCCCAACUGCAGGGUAUUAUUCCCCAGUUGCGGCGCGGCUUCAGUGAGCCAUCCGUCGGAGAGGAUCCUGCAGCCACAUGGCUCUUUAGAAACAACAACCUCUUCUACGAGGCCCUUGCCUGGGAAUUGAAGGACGUCGAGCGAGCAUUGAGAUCCGAGCUCCAGGACUUCAAGAACGUUCACAUUGACCUCGAGCCCUGGUGA